AUGUCCAGGAAGGUACCGCCUGUCCCUACACAAGAAGAAAGAAAACCAUACCCUGGUUCCACGGCUAAUUUCGUUAAGCAAAUUUUCUUUUGGUGGCUAUCACCAGUAAUGAAGACUGGGUAUCAAAGGACUUUACAACCAGAUGAUUUAUUUUAUUUAACUGAUGAUAUAAAAGUACAAAAAAUGGCUGAUGAUUUUUACAGGUAUAUGACCCAGGACAUUGAUCGUGCUAGACAAAAGCAUAUUGCUGAAAAGUGUGCCGAGCGAAAUGAAACACCAGAAACGACCUCUGUCGAUCCAGAAGAAGAUUUGAAGGAUUUCCAGUUGAGUAAGUUUUUAACAGUAUGGGCGUUGGCGAAAACUUUUAAAUGGCAAUAUACUUGGGCUUGUGUGUGUUUAGCAUUGAGUAAUGCGGGUCAAACGACCAUGCCAUUAUUAAGUAAAAAAUUGAUUAAAUACGUUGAGUUGAAAGCAUAUGGUUCUGAACCAGGAAUUGGAAAGGGACUUGGGUAUUCUUUUGGAACAACGGCAAUGGUUUUCAUUGUUGGGGUAUUGAUCAAUCAUUUUUUUUACCGGUCAAUGAUUACUGGUGCACAAGCCAAAGCUGUUUUAACAAAAGCACUUUUGGAUAAGUCAUUCAAGCUUAGUGCUGAAGCCAAACACAAAUACUCUGUUGGUAAGAUUACUUCAAUGUUGGGGACAGAUUUAUCAAGAAUAGAUUUCGCAUUGGGGUUCCAACCAUUUCUUAUUGUAUUUCCCAUUCCAAUUGGAAUUGCUAUCGCCAUAUUGGUUGUCAAUAUUGGACCUGCUUCAUUGGUUGGUGUUGGGAUCCUACUUGUGUUUAUGAUUGGUAUUGCUUUUUCUACGGGGAAAUUGUUUGCAUACAGAAAGAAGGCCAAUAAAUUCACCGAUUCAAGGGUAAAUUACAUGAAGGAGGCUUUAAAUAAUCUUAAAGUCAUCAAGUUUUAUUCAUGGGAACCACCAUAUCAUAAGAAUAUUUCAGAUAUUAGAAAGAAAGAAAUGAAGAUCAUCUAUCGUAUGCAAGUGCUUAGAAAUAUUGUCACCUCAUUUGCCAUGUCCUUGACGUUGUUUGCAUCCAUGACAGCAUUCUUGGUGCUUUAUGCUAUUGCCGAUGGUAGAAGGGAUCCAGCGUCAAUUUUUUCAUCACUUUCACUUUACAACACCUUGACACAACAAGUGUUCUUGUUACCAAUGGCUUUAGCCACUGGAGCUGAUGCAUUUAUGGGUAUUUCACGAGUUGGUGAUUUCAUGUCUCAAAGUGAAAUUGACCCAAAAGAGAAUGCCAUUGAAGCCCCACCUGAUGUUGAAGAAUGGAUGGAUAAGGAAUCCUUAUCGAUUGAUGUCGAAAAUGCUUCAUUUGAGUGGGAAGUGUUUGAAGAUGAGGAUGAAAGUGAUGGCAAAAAACCAAAGAAGAAGAAGAACGAUGGAAAGAAGAGAAAAUCAGAAGAGAGCAUCACUUUGGACGUACAAAAUAGUGAAUUGUCAUCUUCCAAAGACCUUGAGGGUAGUUCAUCCACUGACGUUUCUUCAGAAGAGGAUGCACAUUUUGAAGGUUUGCAUAAUAUAGAUUUCAAAAUCAAGAAAGGUGAGUUUGUUGUUAUAACUGGUUUAAUCGGGUCAGGUAAAUCAUCAUUACUAUCAGCCAUGUCUGGGUUUAUGAAACGUACCAGCGGAUCUGUCAAUGUCAAUGGGUCAUUGUUACUUUGUGGAUACCCCUGGGUACAAAACUCAACUGUCAAGGAAAACAUCAUUUUUGGCUCUGAGUUUGACGAAGAAAGGUACAAACGAGUAAUUUAUGCAUGUUCUUUGGAGGCAGAUCUAGAGUUGUUGCCUGCUGGUGAUAGGACCGAGAUUGGGGAGCGUGGUAUCACUUUAUCUGGUGGUCAAAAGGCUAGAAUCAACCUUGCUCGUGCUGUUUAUGCAGACAAGGAUAUAAUCCUCUUGGACGAUGUGUUGAGUGCUGUCGAUGCUCGUGUGGGUAAACAUAUUAUGAACAAUUGUCUUUUGGACUUGUUGAAAGAAAAGACUAGAGUAUUGGCGACGCAUCAAUUGUCAUUGAUUGGUUCUGCGGAUCGGGUCAUUUUCCUAAAUGGAGACGGUACUAUUGAUGUGGGGAAGUUUGAAGAAUUAAAAGAAAAAAACCCUGGGUUUGGUAAAUUGAUGGCUUACAAUAGUGAAUCCAAAGAGGAAGAGAAUGAAGAAGAUUUGGAAGAAUAUGCUGAAGAAGAGUUAAUUGAGGAGGACAAGCGUAACAUUGAACGUCAACUAACUCGUCGUUCUACGCGAACAGUCACCACCGUAGGGGCAUUCCCUGAAGAUGUUGAGGAUGAUGCUGAUGAUGAAGAGGGUCGUCAUCAUGAGUACAACUUGGACGAAGAAGCUGAUGGUAAAUUGAUUGGUGAUGAAGAACGUGCUGUUAAUGCCAUUAGUACCAAAAUUUAUGCCAAAUAUUUUGAACUAGGAUCGGGUAAAUUCACACCGUGGGCAAUGCUUCCAACUUUACUUUUAUUUAUUGUUUUGGCUACAUUCAGUCAAAUUUUCACAAACACUUGGUUAUCAUUUUGGACAGAGUACAAGUUUAAUAGACCAAACAAGUUUUACAUUGGAAUUUACAUUAUGUUUACUUUUUUGUCAUUUAUCUUGUUAACGUGUGAAUUCAUCAUAUUGGUUUACUUCACCAAUACCGCCUCAGUUCAAAUGAAUGUUCUUGCUGUUCAAAAAGUGUUGCAUGCACCAAUGUCAUUCAUGGAUACUACACCAAUGGGUCGUAUUUUGAACCGUUUCACCAAGGAUACCGAUGUUUUGGAUAAUGAAAUUGGUGAUCAGUUGAGAUUUUUCUUGUUUGUGUUUGCCAAUAUUGUUGGGGUGAUUAUAUUGUGUAUCAUUUAUUUGCCAUGGUUUGCUAUUGCUGUUCCGUUUUUGGGUAUGUUGUUUGUUUCCAUUGCUAAUUACUACCAAGCAUCUGCUCGUGAAAUUAAGCGUUUAGAAGCAGUACAGAGAUCAUUGGUGUACAAUAAUUUCAAUGAAACCUUGACUGGUAUGGCAACAAUCAAAGCAUAUAAAGCCACACAGCGAUUUAUCGACAAGAAUAAUUACUUGAUUGAUCGAAUGAAUGAGGCAUACUACAUCACGAUUGCCAAUCAACGUUGGUUGGCUAUUCAUAUGGACUUUGUUGCUACGUUGUUUGCGUUGUUGAUUGCAUUGCUAUGUGUCAAUCGUGUAUUUGAUGUUAGUGCUAGUGCCGUUGGUUUAAUUUUGUCGUAUGUUUUGCAAAUUGCUGGUCAAUUAUCUAUGCUUAUUAGAACAUUUACUCAAGUGGAGAAUGAAAUGAAUUCAGCUGAAAGAUUGAAUUCAUAUGCAACAAACUUGCCAGUAGAAGCACCAUACAUUAUCACAGAGAACACCCCACCACCAAAUUGGCCCAGUGAAGGAAGCAUCACGUUUGAACAUGCAUCGUUAGCUUAUAGACCAGGUUUGCCAUUGGUUUUGAAGGAUUUGAAUUUCACGAUCAAUUCAAUUGAAAAGAUUGGUAUAUGUGGUAGAACUGGUGCAGGUAAAUCAUCAAUCAUGACUGCAUUGUACAGGUUAUCUGAAUUGGACUCAGGAAAGAUUGAGAUUGACGGGAUUGACAUAUCCAAGCUAGGGUUGAAAGAUUUGCGAUCGAAAUUGUCAAUCAUCCCACAAGAUCCAGUUUUAUUUAGAGGUACAAUCAGAACCAACUUGGAUCCAUUUAAUGAGCAUGACGACAAUAAAUUAUGGGAUGCUUUAAGAAGAACAGGGUUAAUUGAAGAGUCAAGAUUGGAAUCUGUCAAGAAGCAAACAAAAGCUAGUGCUAAAACAACGGCAGCAUCCACCACCGGAAGAUCAAACGAAAAGAAUGCAGAAAAAAAACCGGCUACCGCUACUACUACAACUACUCCCGAUUCAUUAGCGUUGCACAAAUUUCACUUGGAUCAAGCAGUAGAAGAUGAAGGUUCGAACUUCUCACUUGGUGAACGACAAUUGAUUGCAUUUGCUCGUGCAUUGGUGCGUGAUUCCAAGAUUCUUAUAUUGGAUGAAGCUACAUCAUCAGUUGAUUAUGAGACCGAUUCCAAGAUUCAAGAAACAAUCAUCCGCGAGUUUAAAGAUUGUACCAUUUUGUGUAUUGCUCAUCGAUUGAAGACGAUUAUCAACUAUGAUCGAAUCUUGGUGUUGGAUAAAGGUGAAGUUAAGGAAUUUGAUACACCUUGGAAUUUGUUUAAUUCAAAGGGAAGUAUUUUCCAACAAAUGUGUGAGCGGUCAAAUGUUACCGAGCAAGAUUUUUCAAACUCGACCAAGUUCUAA